GUCUAGUGUUAGCCUCGACCCACAAACGGAAACAUGGACGAUCAUUCCGCAGAUGAAGAGACAAGGACGGAGCCUGAAGUGUUAGCUAAUGAUACAUUUGAAAUAAAGACAAGCAAUGUGUACAAUGUGGAUAAAAACUUACCAACUCGCUUUAAUAAUCCGGAGUGUUUCAGAGGAUACAGCCCAAAAAUGAUCAACCCUCUGUACCAAACAACAAGUCAAACAUAUGGAAGCAAAAAACCAACAGUUCAUGAAAUGCCGACAAUCUUUAAAGGAAGUCGUCGGAAGUUUUCUGAGCAUCUUCUGAAAAGUGGCAUGUACAGAGAAAACGGCUUCAACACCGUGCUGGACAAGAGCCGACUCACUGGACCCAACACAACCACUGCGUUUCAUGACAGAAUCAAUUUCCAUUGCUUAUACCAUACAGAUGGGAAAUCUCAGUAAAAUACAGUCAAUUUAUUCUGUAUAUAACAAAGAAGUCAUGCUAAUUUGAUGCUAGUAGGGGUUGGAUUGUCAUUUUUCAGUGCAGACAUAACUUUCUGUUAUGGUGUUUAAAGGAAUAACUCACCCAAAAAUCUUCAUUUACUCUCCCUCGUGUUUCUUCAAACCUGUAUGACUUUCUUUUAGGUGAAACCUAAAAGAUAUUUUGACAAAUGUG